AACAGAAAUGAGUAGUUCAAACGACACUCUAAGCACUGGAACGCGCAAAAUAAUUGUGGAGCACUCCUGAGCUGCUCAGGAGUAACUCAAAUGGGUCACUGGAAAUCACUUGAGUUUUUUAGCCGGUGGCGCACUAGCAGCACUCGGUGCAAAACUCAGUACAUUGCUUUCCCAAUGAAAUACAAAAGUGCAGCGCGACUAUGCCAAUGGAUCACAAAUAUUGCACCAGUGUUGCACUUGCUCUACCAAUGAAAUACGCUAUUAAUUUAUGCUUGCAAAAAUGGCGACCAUUUGCAAAACAACAAACUAACCCGGGGGUGACUCGCUAUUGAGAAACCGGCCCUAAGCAUAUCAAUGACAUUUCAACAACUAUUUUUCAGAUCUCGUUUGCAUCUUCUUAUUUGCAUAGUAUGUUAAUCAAAAUUGAUUAAUAUUUUUCAUCAUAAAUUUGAAAUCUAAACUACGACCGCUGGCGCAAACAGCUGACGACGCUGACGACUAUUAGUUAAUGACGUCAAUAAUGGUGAUACACCAAUAUGGCGCCGAUUACCAAAAACGAGGCCGAUAAGCAAUAUUCCAACAACAUUCAACGAACCACUCCGAGCAUCUCUUUUCGAGCAGUAACCACGGAUGUAAACGGUACAGAGUUUCAAUUUGGCAUGUUCCUGACGUUUAGUUGAUUGUUUUUGGUAAAAUGUCAAAGUUAAGUCUGGUGUUGUGGUGGCCGCCUUGAUAAGGUGGGGGACGCCUUUUUGUCCUAGUUUAAAAUUAAUUAAAUAAUAAAAAAAAGGUUUAAAAUUAAUGUAGGCAUUUCUCUCGUAUGUUCUGGACCAUUUCCAGAGAAAUCUACAUUUGUACCAGCUUUAUCUGCUUAUUAAUAAAGUGCCUAUUUCCCAGCGAGCAAAAAAUGGCAGGGAACAGUGAUCGCCAUUAUCACAACGAUACAAGUAGUGAUACUGAAGAUUAUGCAGAUGAUAGAAGAAGAAAAGUCUUCAAAAAUCGCUUGAGGCCUAGGUCUCUUUUGCAAACUACUUCCCAAGGAAAGAGUGGGUCAAUAAGUGGACUUGCUGUUCCACAACUGAGUCCACAGCAACAACAAAUGGGAUUGGUUAUAGGAAUGCCAAUCGAGGAUAGGGUUACUUUGGUUGUGGAUAAUACAAGAUUUGUUGUUGAUCCUGCUUUGUUUAUUGCUCAUCCGAAUACUAUGUUGGGACGUAUGUUUAGUUCUGCAUUGGAUACACAUCCAAAUGAGAGAGGCGAAUAUGAAGUGGCCGAUGGUAUUCCUGCUUCAGUAUUUCGCGCCAUUCUUGAGUUCUACAAGGGAGGCCUAAUAAAAUGUCCUCCUUCAAUUUCUGUACAAGAACUUCGCGAAGCUUGUGAUUAUUUACUGGUUCCUUUUGAUGCUUCAACUGUGAGAUGCCAAAAUCUACGAGGUUUGUUACAUGAAUUGUCAAAUGAAGGAGCUCGUUGCCAAUUUGAGGUUUUCCUGGAAGAUCUAAUUUUACCUCUAAUGGUCAACUCUGCCCAAAGGGGAGACAGAGAAUGUCACAUUGUGGUUCUAUUGGAUGAUGACUCUGUUGACUGGGAUGAAGAAUAUCCUCCUCAGAUGGGAGAGGAAUAUAGUCAGACUGUUAACAGCACUGCAAUGUAUAGAUUUUUCAAAUAUAUCGAAAAUAGAGAUGUUGCCAAACAAGUACUAAAAGAUAGAGGAUUGAAGAAAAUUCGACUCGGGAUAGAGGGUUAUCCUACUUACAAAGAGAAAGUGAGAAAACGACCAGGUGGCAGGGCUGAAGUAAUUUACAACUAUGUUCAGAGACCAUUUAUUCAUAUGUCCUGGGAAAAAGAAGAGGCUAAAAGUCGCCAUGUAGACUUUCAAUGUGUCAAAUCUAAAAGUGUGACCAAUUUGGCUGAAGCCACUGCUGAUCCUGCUAUGGAACUAGAUGCUAGAGGUAAUCCAAUUAUUGUCAACAACCCUACUAUGGCAGAUAAUGCUCCAACAGAUAUGCCUGUAGUGGAUAAUGAAGAGGGAGCUGUAGGAGGAAUCCCAGAUCUAGAUCCAGCCAACAAUUUGCAGCCUGAUGAUGCCAAUCUUUAAAUUUUUGGGUUUUUCACAUACAAUAUUAAUAUAUACGUGUAUCAUGUAGGUAGCAUAUCUAUAGAAUUUUGCUUUAAAGCUAAUUUUUUUGAGAGCAAAAAAUUUGUAAUCUCUACUUUAAAGGGAGUGUGUAAAGCUGUAGCCCCAUCAUUCUUUGUUCUAGUUUUGCUUGAAAUUAUGGCUGUGUUUUUAAGUGCUCAGAAUCAUGAUUCUUUUCCAAAGACUCCUCAUUUACUUGACUGAACACAUAAGCUCUCAUUUCUCAAUUAUUUUUUUUUUAGUGUACCCAUAAUUUUUCUACCAAUUAAGUGUUUUGUAUGUAAUUUUUAUUGGAUCUUAUAAAUAAAUAAAUGUGUUUAAAAUAUCUAGUUUAUUUAUAUAAAAAAAAUUUAUACAUUUCAAAACUACUUGGUCAAUCUUUCUUGUAUUCUGAAACAAUCACUGACAAUUUUCCACUUAUCUCCUGGAGCUGUUACUAUAAAGUUCUGUUGAAAAGUUUUUGGGGUUUUGUCCUGAUAUUUUACUAUUCCACUGGUUUGGACCAUGAAAGUUAGUAAACCAGCUGUGGC